AUGAUGUCUUUUAGUUUCAAUGGAUUUAGAGUUGGCAUCUCUUUUGUCAUGAUGUGCAUUGUUUAUAAGUCAGCAGUCAACUCUCUACCAGAACUGAGUCCUCAGAAAUAUUUUAGCACCUUGCAAGCAGGAAAAGCCUCCUUAGCUUAUUUUUGUCAAGCUGAUUCUCCAAGUACCUCUGUAUUUCUUGAAGAACUGAAUAAGGCUGUUAAACCUCUCCAGGACUAUGGAAUCUCAGUUGCAAAGGUUAAUUGUGUCAAGGAAGAAACAUCAAAAUACUGUGGAAAAGAAAAGGAUUUGCUGAAAGCAUAUUUAUUCAGAGGCAACAUAUUGCUGAGAGAAUUCCCCACUGAUACCUUGUUCGAUGAGAAUGCCAUCAUUGCUCAUGUUCUCUUUACACUUCUUUUUAAUGAAGUAAAAUAUAUUACUACCCCGGAAGACCUUCGGAAUAUAGAAAAUGCUCUGAAAGGAAAAGCAAACAUUGCAUUUUCAUAUGUAAGAGCCAUUGGAACACCAGAGCACAGGGCGGUCAUGGAAGCUGCUUUUGUGUAUGGAAACACAUACCAAUUUGUCUUAACGACAGAAAUUGCCCUUUUGGAAAGUAUUGGAAUGGAGGAUAUAAAAUAUGCACAUCUCUACUUUUUUCAUUGUAAAGAAGUUUUGGACUUGACCCAACAAUGUAGAAGAACACUAAUGGGACAGCCAUUGACUACAGUUGACAUUUAUCGAUUUAUUAAGUCAAUGGAAGCACCUCUGCUGACUGAAGUUGCUGAAGAUCCUCAGCAAGUUUCAACUGUUCAUCUCCAACUAGGAUUACCUCUGGUGUUUAUUGUUAGUCAACAAGCUACCUAUGAAGCUGAUAGAAGAACCGCAGAAUGGAUUGCUUGGCGUCUUCUGGGAAAAGCAGGGGUUCUGCUCUUGUUAAGGGACUCUUUGGAAGUGGACAUUCCUCGGCAAGCUAAUGUUGCCUUCAAAAGAGAAGAGGGAAUGCUGGUGGAAUUUUUGGUGUUACAUGAUGCUGAUUUAGUAAUAUCCUAUGUAGAAAAUAACACACACAUUGAGGAAACAAGAGAAGAUGAAGCCGAUGACAUGGAAGGUCCAGAUAUGGAAAUGCAAGAUGAUGAAGUGGCAGAAAGUGUUUACAGAGACAGGAAGAGACAGCUGCCUUUGGAACUCACGGUGGAACUAACAGGAAAGACAUUUAACGCGACAGUAAUGGCUUCGGACAGCAUAGUGCUUUUCUAUGCUGGUUGGCAAGCCGUAUCCAUGGCAUUUUUGCACUCCUAUGUUGAUUUAGCAGUUAAAUUGAAAGGCACACCCGCUAUGCUGCUUACUAGAAUAAACUGUGCAGACUGGCCUGAUGUAUGUACGAAGCAAAACGUUACUGAAUUUCCUGUUGUAAAGAUGUACAAGGAAGGCGAGAACCCAGUAUCUUACAGUGGUAUGUUAGGAACUGAAGAUCUCCUAAAAUUUAUCCAGCUCAACAGGAUUUCAUGUCCAGUUAACAUAACAUCUAUCCAAGAAGCAGAAGAAUAUUUAAGUGGGGAAUUAUAUAAAGACCUAAUCUUCUAUUCUGGUGUGUCAGUACUGGGACUAUUUAGUCCAACCAUGUCAACAGCACAAGAAGAUUUCACUGAAGCUGGAAAGUAUCUAAAAGGAUAUGUUAUCACUGGAAUUUAUUCUGAAGAAGAUGUUUUGAUAUUGUCAAAUAAAUAUACUGCAACUCUUCCAGCCCUGCUGCUUGCCAGACACAAAGAAAGACAAGUAGAGAGCAUUCCAUUAGCUAACACCCAUGCUCAAGAUAUAGUUCAAAUAAUAACAAAUGCAUUACUGGAAACAUUUCCGGAAGUCACUGUGGAAAACCUUCCCACCUAUAUAAGGCUUCAGAAACCAUUACUUAUUUUAUUCAGUGAUGGCAUCAUAAACCCUCAGUAUCAAAAGGCAAUGUUGACACUGGCAAAAGAGAAACACCUGGAUUCAGUUAUUCCUUGCUGGUUAAAUUUAAAGAACACUCCUGUGGGGAGAGGAAUCUUGCAGGCGUAUUUUGAAGUUCUGCCUCCCCUUCCUGUUCUUGUUGUGGUGAAUCUGCAUUCAGGUGGCCAAGUAUUUGCAUUUCCUUCAGACCAGGCUAUAACUGAGCAAAACCUUUUGUUGUGGCUUAAGAAAUUAGAAGCUGGCCUAGAAAGUCAUAUCACAAUUUUAUCUGCUCAGGAAUGGAAACCUCCUCUUCCUGCUUACGAUUUUCUACGUAUGAUGGACGCUGCAGCAUCUCAACAUCCCACUAGGAAAGGUCCUGAGGGUAUGAAAGAAACUGACAUUCAGGAGAAUGAUAAACAACCUGAAGAUAAAUCAGCAGCAAGAAACGAAUGGAUUGAAUUAUAG